AUAUCAAGAACAAGUUGCAAAUAGCAGCAGCAAUAAGAUCGUAGCUAAUGGAAUUUGGGAAUCUCCUCGGUCCCCAUUUUACAAUUAUCAAUUUCGAUCCUCUUCCUUGACCUCUCAUUCUCUCCCCUCCACAUAACCAGCACAAAAUGAAAGAUGAAAGUUUUCCUCCUGGAAUUUUCUCUCAAUCAGGAGAAGAAACUCACCGUUAAAGAAAUUAUUACGCACUACGGCGGAGCCGACCAUGGAUUUGGAUCUCGACCUCGAUUCUUUCUGGCCGUCGGAUCAGAUCUUUGCGGCGGGGAAUUCCUCGUCCCCGUUUCUGUUCUCAAACCCAGAGCAGCCUUGCACGCCUCUCUGGUCCUUUUCCGACGAGAAGUCGCCCGGAGCUCCAGCUGGUAGUUUUCGGCUAUCGGACUGCUCCAGAAGUCUUUCCUUUAUGACUUCAUCUUGCUUAGAACGUUGUAAUCCUGAUGCGACGACUCAAAGUUUACUGGGAAACGAUGAAAAAGGGAAACUUCCAUCUCCAUUAGAAGGACUUCUGCCAAUCGAUAAACCGGAUGGAACAUGUAUAAUCAAGGAGAGGAUGACACAGGCUCUUCGGUACUUCAAAGAUUUGACUGAACAGCACGUCUUAGCCCAGGUUUGGGCACCCGUAAAGGCUGGUGGUAGGUAUGUUCUGACGACUUCAGAGCAACCCUUUGUUCUGGACCCAAAUAGUAAUGGGCUUCAUCAGUAUAGGCUGGUUUCUUUGAUGUAUAUGUUUUCUGUGGAUGGAGAUACUGAUGUCCUUGGACUUCCGGGUCGAGUUUUUCGGCAAAAGAUGCCAGAAUGGACUCCCAAUGUCCAGUAUUAUUCUAGCAAAGAGUUUUCGCGAUUAAACCAUGCUCUGCAUUACAAUGUCCGGGGAACCUUGGCGUUGCCUGUAUUUGAGCCUUCUGGUCAGUCUUGCAUUGGUGUAGUUGAGCUUAUAAUGACUUCCCAAAAGAUUAACUAUGCUCCUGAAGUUGAUAAAGUAUGCAAAGCACUUGAGGCUGUAAAUCUGAAAAGUUCAGAGAUCUUGGAUCACCAAAGCACACAGAUAUGCAAUGAAGGUCGACAGAAUGCACUGGCGGAAAUCUUGGAAAUACUGACUGUGGUAUGUGAAACUCACACAUUACCUCUGGCUCAAACAUGGGUUCCAUGUAGGCAUCGCAGCGUCCUAGCAGAUGGUGGGGGUUUUAAGAAAACUUGCAGUAGCUUUGAUGGAAGCUGCAUGGGACAGGUUUGUAUGUCUACAACAGAUGUAGCAUUUUAUGUAGUGGAUGCUCACAUGUGGGGUUUUCGUGAUGCUUGUGCUGAGCAUCACUUGCAGAAGGGGCAGGGUGUUACUGGGAGGGCAUUUGCAUCACAUAACUCAUGUUUCUGCCCAGAUAUAACAGAAUUUUGCAAAACAGAGUACCCCUUGGUACAUUAUGCACGGAUGUUUGGGUUGAAAAGCAGCUUUGCUAUUUGUCUAAGGAGCACACAUACGGAAAAUGAUGACUAUGUUCUAGAAUUUUUUCUGCCCCCAAACAUCAUAGUUUACAGAGACCAGCAAAUCAUUUUGGAAUCAAUUUUUGAGACAAUGAAACGGCAUUUUGGGAGCCUGAGGGUUGCUUCAGGAAAAGACCUAGAACAUGAGCGGCAAUCUACUGAGUUUAUCAAGGCAUCCACGAGUGAAAAACUUACCUCAAGGCCAGAGCUAGCUUCAAUGUCUCCUCCCUGGCUUGAUUGCUUACCAAAUGGAGAGAAAGUUGAACCUGAUUUGCUGGAACAGCAGCCAUUAAUCCCAGGAUUUGCUGCUAACAGUGGUAAAGGAAGUGUUUGUAGCACUGCUGAAGUUCAAAAUGCUGCAUCUGUUGCGGACAAUAAAGACAUGGGCAAGAAACCAGAGAAAAGACGGGGCAAGGCAGAGAAAACAAUUAGUUUAGAAGUUCUGCAGCAAUAUUUUUCUGGUAGUCUUAAGGAUGCUGCAAAGAGUCUUGGUGUUUGUCCUACUACAAUGAAGCGCAUCUGUAGGCAGCAUGGGAUAUCCCGAUGGCCCUCUCGUAAGAUAAACAAAGUUAAUCGUUCUAUUUCGAAGCUAAAGCAUGUAAUUCAAUCCGUGCAAGGUGCUGAAGGAGGAUUUAAUUUGACUGCUUUGGCUACGAAUUCAGUUCCUGUUGCUGUUGGUUCAAUUUCUUGGCCACCAAGUGCCGAUAAAUCAAAUCUACAAACUUCACCUGGCUGUGGGCCAUCUGAAUUUCAGCAAGAUAAGAAUGAAGUUCCCAUUUGCAAGUCACCUGCAGGUGAUGAACAGGCCGAGACCUCCAAUUGCAUUCCAAGAGGCAGAUUUUUAGGAACUGAGGAUCUCAUUCCUCAAGGAACUGGGCUUCUCUCAGGUGAAGGCUUAAACCCAUCCAAAAGUGGCAUAAGAGAAGAGAGAACAGGUACCCCUACUUCCAAAGGUUCAUGUCAAUGUAGCCCUUGCCUGGGUAAUAGUGUUUCACCUAUUGAUGAAAGGUGCAUAAAUGUAGAGGGAUCACCAGAAUUUCCAUGUCAGCAAAUCAGAGAAAUUAAUUUAUCAGCUGCGUUUCCAAUCCCCGAUGCUUUUGUUAUGGUUCCCCAAAAGCCCUUUGGAGGGAUGCUAAUUGAGGACUCAGGGAGCUCGCAUGAUCUGAAAACUUUGUGCUCUCCUAGUGAAGCUCUGUUUGAUGAACAUGCCCCAGAAAACAGUUGGACAAGACCACUAUGUCCUGAAAUGCCGCAAACUUCGAUCAGGUCGGAUGUGAAAACAAUCACCAUAAAAGCCACAUAUAGAGAUGAUAUAAUCAGGUUUCGACUUUGUCUGGACCAGAGUAUUAUAAAGUUAAAGGAAGAAGUAGCAAAGAGGCUGAAGUUAGAGCUGGGCACUUUUGAUAUUAAGUAUCUAGACGACUAUCAUGAGUGGGUUCUAAUAGCUUGUGAUGCAGACUUGCAGGAAUGCAUUGAUAUUUCGAGAUCAACUGGUGGAAAUAUAAUCAGACUCUGUGUGCAUGAUAUUACGGCCAAUCUGGGGAGCUCAUGUGAGAGCUCCGGCGGAUGAGGAUAGGACUACGUGUACCUGGUAAACUAUAGAACAUUCUUACUUCGUUAGGACGAUUCAAGUGUUGUAGAAUAUUCUUGCAUUGUUAGGAUGAUUCAAGUGCAAGUGUAAAUUUGUUUAUUUGACAGCUGAGUUUUCACAAAAUUUUCUGUUGUAAUUGUUAAAUUUAGCCCUGGUAAAAAUA